AUGGCGAUUUCUUUCUCAGUCACACGGUACGCUUCCUCCUCAGUUGCCCCCAAAUCCCCCAACCGCUCACUCCAUAAGUUCCUCGAUUUCAACUCCUAUUCUUCAUCGGCGGCCGAAAGUUUCAUGUCCGUCCUCGAGAAAGACGCCCCCCACGUUGAGAAAACCCUCGACGCUCUCACGGCCAAGCUGGAUUCCAAAUGCAUCACACAGGUCCUAGAAAAGUGCGCCGCCGAUAAACCCCAAUUGGGCAUCAGGUUCUUCAUCUGGGCCGCGCUUCACCCCACCCACCGGCACACAUCGUACAUGUACGGCAAUGCCUGCAAAUUGCUCGGCGUUGACCGGAACCCUAAAGUCAUUGCCGACGUCAUAGAUAGAUACAGAGCCGAGGGCUCCGUCGUCGGCGUCAAGACUUUCAAAGUGGUACUGAAUAUGUGUCGGGCCGCCAAUAACCCGGAUAUGGCCCUGCGGGGGCUUUGCGACUCAGGUCGGGUGGAGGAAGCUUCCGAAUUGGUCAAGACCAUGAAACUACACAGAUGUGAACCGAAUGCAGUUGUGUACUCCACCCUUCUUGAUGGGAUAUGUUUGCACGGGAAUCAGGAGCUGGCGCUCAAGUUCUUGACUGGUAUGGAGAGUGAAAAUGGGGGGAGCAAUCCGAAUCUUGUGACCUACACGAUCAUGGUCAAGGGCUUUGUUGAGAAAGGGAGGUCACUUGAGGCUGUGAGGCUUCUGAAUCGGAUGGAGGAUUUUGGAGUCCGGCCGAACAAGGUGACCUUCACAACUCUUCUUGAUGGGCUCUGCAGGGAAGGGCACGUGAAGGAGGCUUCUGAUGUGGUCGAUAGGUUUAGCUCUAUUGUGGCCCGGGAAGAUGAGCUUCGUAGCUGGCUUGUGGUAUCAUUGAUGCGGGCAGGGAGGCAUAAGGAGUCAGAGAGGGAGUUUAGGUUAAUGAUGGCCCGUGGGCUGAGACCCGGAGGGCCUGCAUCUGGUGCAGUCGUUGAGAGGAUGGUUUCAGAAAAGAGGGUGGUGGAGGGAUUUCUGUUGUUGGACGGGCUUGUGAAAUCGGGAAAUUUGCUUGGUAUUGAUUCUGAUGUUUAUACGCUUCUGCUGGCGGGUCUGUGUCAGGAAAAUCGUUUUGUCGAGGUUGGGAAGCUGGUUAGAGUUAUGAUCCAGAGAAAAAUCCGUGUGAAGUCCGUUCAGGCUGAUGAUAUAAUCGGAAUACUCAAUAAUUGUGGAGAAUAUGAUUUAGCAUCGGAUGUUGCAAGGAUCAGAUGCUGA